ACCGCGCGGUCCCCUUAAUGGAAGUAGUAAUGGUAAUAGUAAUAGCACCAGCAGCAUCACCAUUUUUUUGUCGAGUCAUUUGCACGGAUGCAGUUAAAGUGAUUUGUGUAGUGCAAAAUGGAUCGCCCAAAUCCAAUACGAGCACCAUUUCUCAUAAUUUUGUCGCCCAAAUUGAAAGUUUUACAAAAAUGAGUUGUCUUGCUGCGUAGCGAGCAUUUGUUUCUAGGAUAGCUGCCUGGGCUGCCUACCGUGGAAUUGGGCAUGCCCAAGUUUCAGUAGUUUUGGAGAUGGGUUAGUUGUUUUGGCAUGAAGGGGUCAGUGCACAUUGCACUAGUUUAGAAAGAGAUGAGCUGUUUUAGAUGUUAUGGGACCUUCAAGCGGGAGAGUCAGUUGAAGAGGCUGGAGGGUAGUAAAGACACAACAGCAGACUUAUCUGGUUCCUCACCUACCCAGCAAAUCUCUAAGGUGCCAUCAGCAGAGAAGACAAAAUCUAAACCUUCAGUUGAUAGCAAAAGGGAGGCUCGCAAAGAUGAAAAGCAACAUAUUGCUGCUCAGACAUUUGCUUUUCGUGAGUUGGCUGUGGCAACAAAGAACUUCAGACCUGAAUGCUUAUUAGGUGAGGGCGGUUUUGGUAGGGUCUACAAAGGAAAGCUUGAGAACACUGGUCAGGUUGUGGCUGUUAAGCAACUUGACAGGAAUGGCUUGCAAGGUAACAGGGAAUUCCUUGUGGAAGUUCUCAUGCUUAGCCUUCUUCACCAUCCUAAUUUGGUCAAUCUUAUUGGGUAUUGUGCGGAUGGGGAUCAGAGGCUUUUAGUAUACGAGUAUAUGUCAUCAGGAUCUCUGGAAGAUCAUCUGCACGAUCUUUCACCAGAUAAGGAGCCAUUGGAUUGGAACACAAGGAUGAAAAUAGCAGCUGGUGCUGCAAAAGGGUUGGAAUACUUGCAUGACAAAGCCAAUCCACCUGUGAUAUACCGAGACCUAAAAUCCUCCAAUAUUUUGCUGGAUGAAGGGUUUCACCCCAAAUUAUCAGAUUUUGGACUAGCUAAGCUUGGACCUGUUGGAGACAAGACCCAUGUUUCCACACGGGUGAUGGGAACUUACGGAUAUUGUGCACCAGAGUAUGCUAUGACUGGUCAGUUGACUCUAAAAUCAGAUGUCUUCAGUUUUGGGGUUGUUCUAUUGGAGUUAAUCACAGGGAGGAAAGCCAUUGACAAUUCCAGGGCAACAGGAGAACAUAAUCUUGUUGCCUGGGCACGUCCCUUGAUUAAGAAUAGGAAGUUUUCGCAGAUGGCUGAUCCAUUGCUUCAGGGACGCUAUCCUAUGAGAGGUUUGUAUCAAGCAAUUGCUGUGGGUGCAAUGUGCCUUCAAGAGGAAGCUUCUACUCGCCCCCUGAUUGGCGAUGUUGUUACAGCACUUAGUUACCUUGCAUCUCAGAUUUAUGAUCCUGCAGUUCAUCCUAUUCAAAGCUCUCGUCUUGCUUCUACCUCUUCUCGUGAAAGAAGGGAUGAGAAGAAGCAGAGUUGUGCAUCUGACAAAGAAAAGGAUAAAACCAACAGACGUGGAGAUGCUAAGUCUCUUCUGGUACAUGUACAGGCUUCUCCUGAUCGAAGAAUAAAGGAGUCUAGAAUGAACUUUGCAAAUGGAUCAGUUAAUUCUUUUCACAUUCAAGGAGGCCAUGAUGGAGACUCUGGAGAGAGUGGAAGGCGUGAAGGAUUUAUAGAUAGUCCUGGCAGUGCUGGUAGAGCUUCUCGAGAAGGUCAGAGAUUUGCUGCUUAUCUAGACCGUGAGCGAGCAGUUGCUGAAGCUAAAAUGUGGGGUGAAAAUUGGAGGGAAAAGAAGAGGGGAAAUAUUCAGGAUGACAUUGAUGGUUUUCAUUGAGGGAUUGGUUUGGUGGCUGAUAAUUUUUCUCUAUUGUUGCAAAAGUCAAACCUAUUUCCACAUGAAUAUUUAAGGUUCAUGUGUAUUGCAUACAUAUCAGUUGUUUUUUGUCUAGACGGGAACAGAUUGUAGGCUGGAAAGGAAUCAUUCAAACCACAGAUUGUAUUGGGUAUUAGAGUAUUCCCAGGUUUAGCAAAGAUUGAGGUGCAGUUUCAGUGCUUAAUGGAAUUCUCUGAUGCUGAGUAUGCAGCUCUCUCUCUUAUCUAAUCUGAUUCAUGGCAUGUGUUGCAUCACAGAGUUGGGGUCGGUUUGCUAGGCAGAGUAGAAUUCAUAAGUUUAGAGUUUGUUAUCCUUUCCAGAUCAAUUUACUUUUGGGUAGAUAAGUCGUCUCUCUCUCAUUGUGGGGAGCAUUCUUGACAAUGGAUUCCAUUUUAGUUUUUAUUAUUCCUUAAAAUGUUCUACCAAUUCAAUCUC